CUAUACUAGAAUUAUACUUGCUAAAAAGAAGAAGAAGCAAAACAAUUUCAACAAACAAAAAAAAAAAAAUUCAAAUAAGACAGAUAUGGCAAGCAUGGGAUUUACAUCUGCUCUUAAUAGAGUUUUUGUUAGUGGAGCAGUCAGACCUUUCAAGACAACAAAUCGUCACCUAGCAACAGCAUUUAGAGAUGAGGCUCAAAACACAGUAAGAAAGGGUGCAGAUGCAAUGAAACAGGGAGCUGAUGCUGCCAAGAGAGCCAGCCAUGAAGUUAAAAAUGAGACUGCCUCUGCUGCUGAUGAGGCCAUGCGCAAGACGAAAGCAGUGGGAGAUAAGGUGGCAGACACAGCACAAGACAUGGCUGGAAAAGCAAAACACACAGCACAACAAACAUGGGAUUCAGUUAAAGAAACUACCCAGAAAAUGAAAGAUACUGUGAAGGGCAAGGCUGAAGAGUCCACAGAAGCUAUAAAAGAUAAUGUCAAUAAGAGCAUGAACACCAAGAAUUGAACUUCAACUUCCUAUAUUUCAAUACACAGAGACAUUAUCUCUUCCUAGGAGUAUAUUUUCUCCUCUUUUUUUUCCUGAUAUUUUGAAAGAUUUAAGAUUUGUUUUUUUCUUUUUCAGUUUGCUGAAACCGCAGACAAAAGUUUGCGAGUUUGAUGUAUUUCUAUAGUUUAGAAUAUGAAAUAUAUAAGAGUCAGAUCUAGAAUUUAAAUUUGAUGGA